AACACUUGUUUCUGUAUGCAGCCCGACGCAAACAAAGGCCUGCGUGGUUCCUUAUCAAUUAUUCACUCCUAUAUUAUAUUGGUGACAAAGGCCCUGGUAACGGGUAUCUCAUGUCUGAGAUUACAACAGGACAAACAAGAUCUGGAGUGGUACAUAGAAAAUUUCAAGAAUAAGACGGAAGACGGCAUCAUGAGUAUGAAGGAAGAAAUCCAUAAGGACGCCGCCAGGGAGAUGUGGAAAACCACGAACGAUGUUUACGAGAAGGUCCGACCGGCCCAUGACCGUGCGGGGGUGGAGUACCUCCUCCGGCAGCUAGGUGUCCUGGACAACGAUCUGUGCGACCAGGAUCCUUCCUUCACUUACACUGUGCUGGACGUUGGAGCCGGAACCGGAAAGUGUACCAGUGUUAUCAAGGAUAUACUGGGGAAGGACGCGCGUCUCGCCGCCCUGGACCCUGUCGCCGGCAUGCUGGAGCAGCUGAAGGCUGCGGUGCCCGGGGUGGACACGUUCGUCGGCCCGUGCGAGUCCAUCCCGCUUCCCGACAACUCGGUCAAGGCCGUGAUCUCGUCCCAGAGUUUCCACUUCAUCGCAAACGUUACAGCGCUUCGUGAGGUGAACCGCGUCCUCGUGCCCGGCGGGAGAUUUGGAAUCCUGUUCUCCGUGGACGACGAGGCUUCGCCGCUGGUCCACACGGUGUUCGAGGUGAUCCGGAAGUACAAGUACCCCGGCUGUCCGGAGUACUUCAUCAACACGCUGCAGGACACCAGUUGGCAGGCCUGCUUCGGGGAGGCUCCGCUCUUCUCCCCGCUACAGGAGCACGUCAUGCCGUGGGAGAAACAGGACAUUCUCCCUGACAUCGAGUCUGUGGUGCAGCUCUUUAUGACUUUCAGCGCCACUGCCAGGGAGACAGAGGUCAGGGAGGAGUGUGCAGAGAGCAUGCGCAAACUGUUGGCUGCCAACCCUGCGGUGGAACAAAAUGGCGGCCACCUGGAGGUUCCCCGUUUGAGCGCCCUGUACUGGUGCACCAAAAACACCGCGGACAAGUAGACACGUGAACUGUCUAUCGUACAGCACAUUAACGGUGGUUUAGCGAAUAUAAUACAGGGUGUUUGGGCAUUAUUUGCGUGUACUAUAUAUCAUUCACUUUUUUUUAUCCGCCAAGUUAUACAUACUAUGCCAUGUUUUACCAAGAAUAAGGGCCAGUACAACAGACAUUGUCAAGAAUAUCCCUUAGGAAUAACAUAUGGUCAUGGUUUCCAUAUGUUACUAUAUCAUCAGCAUCUGAUAUUGAUUCCUUUAUGGGUUCUUUUAUCAACGUGAAAAUUACUCUUCCUACUUUGCUUUAAUGAUUCUAAAACAGUAUCUUAAAGAUUUGUCUUAACAGAGAACAAUUUUUAAAAGAUUUUGAAUAUGUUGAGAAAUGGAAAGCAUAUGAUUAAUUGAGCCGUACUAUUUUACCCGACAGUCACAGAUUAUGUGUGUAUGAUGUACAACAUCACAGCUUUAUGAAUGGAAUUGUGAAAGGAUGGUCCAACACGGGCCAUCCUAUGUAAUUUGAUAUGGUACCAUUAGGCCGAUGGAGUAUCUAUGAAGUUGAAAUAAAGGCACAAACAAACAAACCCCCUGCUCGCUUGGUGGGAUCGCCCACUAGUCAGUAAAAGAGCACGCUUCUCUCUGUCUGCAGUCAAGUUGUAUUUCACCCGCCCAGACCUACAUCUGUUUCAGAUUAUCUCUGUUAACGUAGCCACUUUUAUUAGCAACAUUAAAAAUUGAACCGCCACCA